AUGGUUGCUCCGUCCCGCACAACGCCAGCGGGGGACUGGCAGCCGUGCGGGGACUCCUUCUACACAUGUCAACACAUGUAUGACAUGUCAUGGGGGAAGGACGACCCCAUCACAGGCCACUUCGUCGCCAUGGCCCCAAACGGCGGCUGCAUCGCGUCCGUGCGCGACGAGACCAAAACGGUCCGCGUGGACGCUGCGGGCGCCAAGUCCGCCCUGCGCACCUUCACGGGCUCCGGCAAGCCGCUCGGAACCUACCCCUGGGACGGCGAACCGGCUUGUGGCAUUGGCUGGACUCCGCUUGACACAGUCGCGGUCGUGGACGCCUCCGGCGCCGUGCGCGUGUACGACCCGCUGUGCACGGAGGCCGCCAAGCACUUCACGCUCGGGCUCGACGUCAUGUCCGACGGGGUGUCCCUCUGCCACGUCAGCGAAGUCGGCAUCGCCGCCACCACCCCCUCGGGGCUCCUGUACGCCGUCGCGAGCUUCGAGGAGCCUCGGCCCGCGAGAUUCCCCCUCGCGCUCCCCGCGGCCCGCGCGGGGAACGGCGCCGACGCCCCGGGCGUCCCCACGUGCCUGGCGACGCGCCGCGACGUCGAAGGCGAUCUCGAGGUACUGCUCGGCGUGGGCGACGCGAUCCUCGUCGUGGACGCGCAGUCCUGCGAGCCCGCGGCGUGCGCUACGCCGGGCAUCUGGGGCCUCGCGAUCGCGCCGCUGAGCGGGCUCGUCGCGGCGCGGUGUGCCAACGGGGACGUUCUGGUGCUGCAGCCGGACCUGCAGGCGCCGGUAGCGACGCUGAAGGAGCCCGCGGGGGUCCCGCGCGGCGCGGUGAUGACGUGGUGCGGGCCCGACGCGCUGGCCUUGGGCGGCGCGAGGGGGGGGGGACGGUGGCUUUUGGGCCCGUUCGGGGGCGUGCUGGAACUCUCGUUCGACGGGCCGGUCGUGCUCUCCCCGGAGGUCGACGGCCUCCGCGUCCUGGCCCCGCGCGAGCACUCGCUGGUCUCGCGCGUUCCACAGGCGCAGGUCGACGUGUGGGGCAUCGGGUCCACGGAACCGGGCGCGAUCCUGAACGACGCCCGCGCGAUGUACGACGACCACGACCCCGCGGCGGACACCAUGGUCCGCAUGCUCGGCCCGAAACUCCCCCGCGCCGUCGAGUGCUGCGUCCGCGCUGCUCUCGCGGACUUCCACCAGGGCCGGCAACGCUUCCUGCUGCGCGCCGCGGCGUACGGCAAGGCGCUCGGGCCCGUGGGGGUCGCCGCGGAGCUGAUGGGGUCGUCGAUCCGGCGGCUGCGCGUGCUCAACGCGGUGCGCGCGUCUGAGGUGGGCAUGGCGCUGACGGCCGCGCAGGCGGACGCGCUGACCAUGGACCGGCUGUGUCGCAGGCUGGUGCUGCAGCACCACCAUUUGUUGGCGCUCCGGGCGUGCGAGUUCCUCGGCCGCGACCUCUCGCCCGUCGCGACGCACUGGGCGAUCGCGCGGAUCACCGCCGGCGACGCUAUGUCAGACCAGGAGCUGCUGGCGGCGGUGCUGCCCGUGCUGUCGUCGGUGCCCGGCGCGCACUUCUCGCGCGCGGCCGUGCACGCUGCGGGGCUGGGGCGGCGGCGGCUGGCCGCGACGCUGUUGGAGCGUGAGCCUGUGGUGCGGGAACAGGUGGGGCUUCUGCUGUCUAUGGGGGAGGCCGCGCAGGCGCUGGACCGCGCGAUGCAGUGCCACGAGGCGGACCUCGCCCUGUGGGUUCUGCUGCGGACAGCCAGGAUGAGUUCCCUCGACGACGUGCUCAAGCUGCUCGAGGGCCGCCCGCAGGCGCGGGAGGUGUUUUACGCGCACUGCCGUCAGGCCGACCCCGCCCUCCUGCGCCAGGUCCCGCUCGCCAUCGGCCGCUCCCAGGACCUCGCCGCCGUCCUCGUCGGCGACGCGAUGCACGCCCAGGCCGCCGCGUCCACCGCGCCCAAACCCCCCUGCCCGCCCCCGCCCGCCGGCGCCACCCAGAGCCCCGAGGAGCUCCUGGAGCGCGCCGCGGGGCUGUGGGCGGGCCGCGAGCGCGAGGACAAGGACGCGGGGCUGCUCUCGCGCGCGUGCCACGAGGCCGCGAGGCUCCACGCGGCGCAGGGCGCCCUCGAGCGCGAACUAGGGCGUUCCGGACAGUUCGUCGGGAAGCCCGUGGCGGCGACGAUCGAGGCGCUGCUGGCGAACGGGAACGUGAAGCAGGCGUCGGCGCUGCGGAGCGAGUUCAGGGUGUCGGACGCAGCGUUCGCGGCGAUGCAGGUGCGGGCGCUGGCGGGCGCGGGGGCAUGGCCGCGGCUCGAGUCGCUCGCUGGGGACCGGCGGUCGCCGCACCUGCAGCCGGGGCGCGUGCUCGACCUGGCGAUGGGGCGGGGGAUGCCGGAGGAUGUGGCGACGAGGCUGAUUGGGCGCCUGACGUCAGUUGCGGAUAAGGCGCAGUAUCUGACGGCGCUGGGGAAGUAUGAGGCCGCGGCGCACUUGGCGGCGCAGGCGAAGGACUCGGAGCUGCUGUCGCGGCUGCGGGGCGCGGUUGGGGAGGGGCGUGUGGGGGCGAUGAUCGACCAGCUGCGGGACAGGUUGACCAUGCGGUGA